AUGGACAGCAUUGUUGCCGGAGAGCCAUACAGCAUCCAAGCUGGAGCUGUUUUGGUGGCGCUAUCAGCAUGGCACCUGUAUCCAGACAUUGUCGUUCUGGACAAAACGAACCACGAGAUAAGGCAGGGGGACGAGCUGAUACCUCUUGGUGGCCUCCUCACGAUCGGCCUGAAACGGACUGCCCCAGGCACAGCCCACGACGGAGUAUACUGGUCGUUGUCACUUGCCCAUCUGCGAUACUACGGGGAGCCCGUGCAUUCUUCCAAAUCAAUAAGCGCUGCAUCGCACCGACUGUCGAUCGAUCAAUUCGCGAUAGUAGCAUUAGGAUGUGUCCUUGGGUCGUGGGGUGUCUCUACCGAGGGACUAUCCGACGGACUGAAAUUGAUUCACGCGAUUGGAAAGACAUUGGAGACCUGGCUCGACGAACAAAAGCCCUCGCCUCUCUACUCGGCGCUCAAAGAUACGUCGUGGAUAAACGUCCUCGUUGAAGCGGCGCGGUCCUUUGAUCGGUCUGCGGGAGAAGAGCGAGAAGUCUGCAGGAAACUAUUGAAUUUAGGCCUUCGCCACCACAAAUUCCUCGCUGCUGUCCCGAACGACAUGUUCGGCCUCAGAAGCCCCAGAAUUCUUCGUCUGAUAGCUCGUCAAGAAGACCAAGUGGGCUUUAUUCGCAAGAUAAUGUCGAAGCGGAAAGCGCGUCAAGAUUCACUCGUCAUCCGAAUUCUUCAGCAAGAAGGACGGACCGUCCAAGUGGCUGAUGGGACCGAAGAUGAAUGGAAAGCCUCCCAAUAUGCAACUGUGCUCCCGCCCACUGCAGGCCACAUGCGAUGGGUUGUGGUCAACAAGAAUCCUGGGCUUUCUUCCACCCCUCAGGAAGCUCCCAUGCUAGAUUGCUCAGGAGAUGAUGUUCACCUGGUUGACGCUAAGGAUAUCAUCGCGCAAGGGUCAGCAGAGCAUUUCCGAUGGCGCAGUCCCCCUAAAUUCUUCAAAAAUCCAUCUGAACGGGCGACAGUCAACAGAACCAGCCAACAAGAAGAGGAAGAAGAAGAAGAGGGCCCGCAACAUCUAGUGUUACGUCUUCAAGUGUCUGGCAAUGCGAGCAAAGGGAAACAUAGAGGCAAAAGAAAUCCAAAAGAACCUCAACGGCCAGGAUCAAUGAAACCACGUGACAAGCAACGGGGAGCUUCAGAGUCGCCCGAAGAAAUCAGGAAAAAGUGGUCUCGACACAGGGACAGUCCCGAGCCAUACGAAGUCAAGGACCCGGCCGACUCGAAUGCCACGACGGAGAAGCCCAAUGUGGUGGAGCAAAGUAUCUCGCUAAGCUUUUGCGCAGGAGACAAGGAGGGAGUGGCCUUGUUCCAGCGAACCGACCGUUGGAGUCCGCGAAACGAGACUUACUAUGACUCGGAAGUGAAGAAACUCGACAUGCGCACGAUCACAGACUUCCUCGAAGCCGGUGUCAUCAGCGCCAACCUAUUUGUUCGACACCUGUCCGAGUAUUCGUCCACGUCGUCUGUCGCGUCGCAGAUGAUAGCAUCAUUGAGAGCAUUAGCCAGCUGCGUCGAGGUAUAUAAAAACCUCCCUGGUGCCACCAUCGCGCCCAGCUUGUUGACCGGCAGCACUUCUCUUGGAGGUUCGAAGUGGGUGGUUGCUACCGCCGAUUCCAUUCGAGGAUUCGAAACACAGACAAAGGGGUCAAAAUUGCAUAAUCUUCUGCCCCUGAGCCUGAGCCGACCUGCCACAUUUGCCUGUAUCGUCAUGCUGGAAUCGGGAGGAUUCAACCUUGAACCGGCAGGCCUUCAGCAAGUAAUGGCGGUCUCAACCGACAACUCGCUCUACGUCGCCGCCCCUCUCCUGUGCGACCCUCUGACCGACUUGCAAACCCACGAAGUGCGCAGAGUGGUGGGAAAUAUCGGGCGAGCGGGCAUCGCCUUGCUGAUUCCACCCCUCAAUCCCGGCGUUCGUAAAUAUCAAGUCGAGCAGUGGAAUCUGGUUACGCACGCUCCAUUUGACGGCGACCUGAGCGAUUGUUUUCAAAGCACCUCCCUCCAUUUACAUUUCACCGGCUACGAGCUCCCGAUCAUGACAAGCGAGCACGGCAGCCGCUUCAUCGAGGCCUUCUUCCUCGAAACCGUCAUUUCCGUGCACGACGCGGGUAAGUGGGUCGCGGAUCUCGAUAUCCUGACAUCCUUGGAGAGCGCGUCAUUGAGAUCAGUGGUCCGGCAGACUCAAUGUCCGCAGAGACCAGCCGGACACCCACCCUCUUUUGACGUGGCAUCCAUCGAUUGCUGGGAGGAGCUGUUGGCGAAGCCGACCAAGUGCGGCGUCGUCCGCGCUCACGGCAAUUGGCAAGCGCGUUUGGCUGCUGCCGCCGUCAGUGUGCAACUGGGGUACAAAACGGCGGUCUUUCGGAAACACGGUUGCUGGGCCUGUGCCUACAAAACCGCCCAGCAGUUGGUGACGACGCGACGAACCACGGAACAAGUCGCAGAGUGGUCGGACGGCGCGGACGAGCUGAGCGACUCCGAGGAGGUUGACUUGGAAGAGACUGACCCUGAUGAGGACGCCGAGGCGGCCGAUUCCAUGGCGGGUGAACAACAACAGCCUGCUGUCCGACAGUCUCCUCUUGGCCGAGUCAUCUUCGUUCUUUAA